UGGUCGCACGGCAGCGAUGGCUUCGUUAUGCUCUGAGUAAUCUUUCAGCCGCCGCCGCCGUGGACGCACCUAAACGCGCUCGCUCGUCGUAAUUUUAUUUUCGAGACUGUAACCUGGGUUCAAGCCAGGCCGCGUUUCGUGUGUGUUUCGCCGCUUUUGUUUGUCUCUUUUUGUGGCCAGGCCAACAAUAUUUGGCAAGUGAUGCAUAGAGAGCCCGCCCGGCCCACGCAGCACCAGCAGUCAGACACAAAACGUAAUUAAAUGCAAAUGUGUGAAAGUGUAGCAUAAAAAGUGCGAACAAGCGGAGAGGAAGAAACGGCCAAAUACUCGUAUAAUACCAUAUUCCAUGUUUUGCAACUAUUUUCGGCCGAGUGCCAGUGCGUGAUGGAGCCACACAAGUUAUAAGUUAAAGCGUUUAAAACUGAACAAAAACUUGAGCUUCGCAUCGAAAAUAGAGAUCGAAUACAGAGAUAACCUCCCAGCGGACGGAGGGGAAGCAUCCAACAGUGAAGCAUUUAAAACGUAAAUUACUUAAAAAUACAUUGAAAAUGUACAAAAACCUGCAACGUCAGUAGAAGAAAGCAGCAGGCCAAAAAGGACUCAAGGAUUCCAGUCAUCCUUUGCAUUAAGCAGCGACGACACAGGCUCGACAGGCGAAAGCAAAAGAAAAUCCACAGAGACAGGACCUCAUCGUCGUCAUGAGUCGACUGAGAGCGGGCGGCAAGGUGCUGCUGGUGGUGCUGCUGCAGGUGUUGCAGUGGCAGGCCGGCGAGACGGCCUUCGGACGGGAUGAGUGCAACGAGCUGAGCGUCAGUUCGCCCUGCCAGUGCGCCCCCUCGAUGGCCGAAUACGAGAUCUACUGCCCCGCGAACGCCUACAAUGUGUUCCCGAAGUUCCGGCUGGCCAUCCGGCCCAAUUCGAAUGUCCAGAUCGAGUGCAAUCUGACGGAUGCGAACGAGUACAAACAACUGCCGCCACUGAGGAUCGGAGAGAUCGAACGGGUGCAGAUCCAGCGCUGCCCAUUGCCCGGACACACACCGAUUGCGGGUAUACUGGAGCACCUGGGCAUCAGGAGCCCCAAGAUGCUCAUCUUCGAGAGCGACAAUCUGGGCGUGAAUAUCACGCGUCGGCACUUGGAUCGGCUGCAGAACCUGAAGCGUCUGCGGUUCACUUCCCGGCGGUUCACGUACAUUCCAGCGGACUUCCUGGCGGAUCUGCGAAACCUCAGUUGGCUCGAUCUGCGGGCGAACAUUGUGGAACUUCCGGCGCAUCUGUUCGACAACCUGGAGAACCUGGAGUCCCUCGAGCUGGGGAGCAAUGGCCUGAAGCACCUGCCCCACGGAGUCUUCAGCAGGAUGCCCAAGCUGCGGCACUUGAAUCUGUGGAGCAAUCAGCUGCACAACCUGACGAAGCACGACUUUGAGGGUGCCAGCUCGGUGGUGGAUGUGGAUCUGCAUGCCAACGGCAUUGAGCAGCUGCCGCGCGAUGUCUUCUCGCUGCUCACGAAUCUCACGGAGAUCAACCUGAGUGCGAACCACUUCCGGUCCCUGCCCGGGGGUCUCUUCGAGCACAACAAGCAGCUGCGGCAGGUGCGUCUGCUCAACAAUCGUGUGCCCCUGUCCACGCUUCCCGCUCGACUGUUUGCCAACCAGCCGGAGCUGAGGGUCCUGCUCCUGCGCUGCGAUCUCGAGACACUGCCCAGUGAUCUCUUGGAGCAGUCCACGGAGAUCACGAACAUCUCCCUGAGGGACAACUAUCUGAGCACCCUGCCAGCCAAGCUCCUGGAGCAUCAGACGAACCUCUUGAGCCUCGAUUUGAGCAACAACAAACUGACGUAUCUGCCGGAUGCGUUCUUCGAGCACACCACCAAGCUGGUGGACUUGAAUCUGGCCGAGAAUAUGCUCACAGACAUUAGCAGUGACAUAUUCAGCAAACUGGAGAAGCUGGAAACCCUCAACAUGAACAAUAAUCUCGUAAAGAACAUUGCCAGCAAUGCCUUUGCGGCCAACACGGCCCUGUUGCACAUCAGCAUGGAGCAUAAUCUGAUCGACUUGCAGCAGCCCCUGCUCGGCAGCAUCCUCCAGGAGCAGCUCAACUCUCCGUUCAGCCAUUUGGCCAGCCUCCAGAGCCUCAAUCUGCGCAACAACUCCAUCAUGUUCAUCUAUCGCGACUGGAACUUCAAUCUGAUCAACCUGCAGGAGCUGGAUCUGAGCUACAACAACAUCAGCUCCCUGAUCUACGAGGACCUGCAGUUCCUGUCCAAGUCCAAUCUUUUUGUGAACAUCACCCACAACCAGAUCAGCAGAAUCAACUUCUACCCACAGCUGCCGGUGAUGCCCGACGGGGAGGUGUCCACGAGUGUCCUCCGCAUGGACCUGAACGACAAUCCGCUGGUGUGCGACUGCACCUUGUUGUGGUUCGUGCAGCUGGUGCGCGGCGCCCAUGUCCCGGAUUACGCGAAACAGUUCAAGUUCGACACGGAUCGACUCACCUGCAGUCAGCCGCACAACCUGCAGGAUCUGCCAGUGCGUCUGGUGCCACCCAAGGAGCUCAUCUGUUCGAUCGGCAGUGCGGAGGAGCCCGGCCAGCGGCAGUGUCCGCGCGGCUGCCGCUGCUGGGUGCGCACCUUCGACAAGGCGCUGGUCAUCAAGUGCCACGAGGGAAAUCUCACCAAGGUCCCAGAGCUGCCGACCCUCUACGACAAUCUGCACAUCAUGGAGCUCCAUAUGGACAACAACACGCUGCUCGGCCUGCCUGCGGCCCACUCGCCCGGCUACGCGAAUGUGACCAGCCUCCAUUUGGCGGGCAACAAUCUCACCCACAUCGAUGUGGAUCGACUGCCGCCCAACCUGAAGCACCUCGAUGUGCGGCGCAACCAUCUGCAGGCCCUGAACACCACUGUGCUGGGCUUCCUCAACCGCACGAUGCCCAGACGUUCGCUGAUGCUGUCGGGUAACCCGUGGAUCUGCAACUGCGAGGCCAAGCCCCUGCUGCUCUUCACGCAGAGCAACUACGAGAGGAUCGGGGAUCGGGGCGAGAUGCUCUGCAUGGACGCCGAGAUGCCCACACGAAUGGCGGAGCUCUCGACGAACGACAUCUGUCCGGAGGAGAAGGGUGUCUUCAUUGCGAUGGCUGUGGUCAUCUCGCUGGCUGGCUUCCUGGCCGGCAUCACCGCCGCUUUGUACUACAAAUACCAGACGGAGAUCAAGAUCUGGCUGUACGCGCACAACAUGUUCCUGUGGUUCGUCACCGAGGAGGAGCUGGACAAGGACAAGAAGUUCGAUGCCUUCAUCUCGUACUCGCACAAGGACCAGAGCUUCAUCGAGCAGUAUCUCGUGCCGCAGCUGGAGCACGGACCCCAGAAGUUCCAGCUCUGUGUGCACGAACGCGACUGGCUGGUCGGUGGGUUCAUUCCGGAGAAUAUCGUGCGCUCGGUGGCGGACUCGCGGCGCACCAUCAUCGUGCUGAGCCAGAACUUCAUCGAGUCGGAGUGGGCGCGCAUGGAGUUCCGGGCAGCCCACAGAUCGGCCCUGAACGAGGGACGUGCCCGCAUCAUUGUGGUCAUCUACUCGGACAUCGGAGACGUGGAGAAGCUGGACGAGGAGCUGAAGGCGUACCUCAAGAUGAACACCUACCUGAAGUGGGGCGAUCCGUGGUUCUGGGAUAAGCUGCGCUUCGCCCUGCCCCACCGCAAGCCCCUCGGUAAUGUGGGCAACGGAGCACUGGUCAAGUCGCCGCUGAAGGGCUCCACAGACGACAAGCUGGAGCUGAUCAAACCAUCGCCGGUGACGCCGCCGCUGACCACACCGCCGGCGGAGGCCACAAAGAACCCGCUGGUGGCACAACUGAACGGGGGCACGCCCCACACGGCCAUCAUGAUUGCCAAUGGCAAGAAUGGCCUGACGAAUCUCUACACGCCGCACAAUGGCAAAUCGCACGCCAAUGGCCACAUCAACGGGGCCUUCAUCAUCAACACGAAUGCCAAGCAGAGCGACGUAUAGGACUGGGAGAAGGCGGAACUAUUCCAGUUCGAGCCCGACGAUGAGCUAUUGUUCCGUUGAAGAAUGGGGGAUGCCACAGACAUGGUCACAGACGCAGCCACCGCCGCAGCCGCACCGCAGUCGCAGAAAGCAUCCACAGCUGAAUGUAAAAAGUCUAUAGAAAAUUAUUGAUUUCUGCAUGUUUUGGUCAAGUUUUCAGCCCCCGUCCCUCCCUAGUUUUAAUUACCUCUGCCGGGGGAACCCGCCCCCCAAGAGGAAAAGUUUAUGAAAAUUUCAAUUUUCAAAUAUUUCAUGUGGCCUUGUGUUGAGGGGAGAAAAGAGAACAAAAGAGAAUACUAUAAGAGGAUGGUAAUGAAUCUCUGGCCCCACUCUGUUAAGUGUUAUAUGUAAGCUUAGCGCCUAGACCCGACCCUGUGCAGACUCCUGUAGAACAUAAACAAAUCUCAAUUAUUUAGUGAUUAUUUGUACAUUUAAAUUAUUGUUAAUUCUUAAUCUUUUUAAGCUGCCUCCGCCUUUGAACAUUACUUUUACCAUUGAACGAAUCUCAUGGCCGCAUGGGAAUCUCUUGAAAACGUUUGAACAAAUCGAGCUUUAUUUUGAACACUGAAACAAGCAAUACACAUAUGUAUGACGUAUCCAAAUAGUAGUUUAAAGACCCCCACCCCCUCCACGACGCGAUCUAAAAACAACAAAAUAGAAAGAGAAUUACAAAUUGCCUUUAUUGUAUGUAUGUAUGUAUUCUAUAGCCUAAGUAACUUGUAGCCUACUCGUACACUCAUAUCCUCAUAUUCGAUUGCAAAUACACCAUAAACUACUCUACGACUACUACUGUACAUACGCUGAAUACGAGAAUUCCUGUACUUUUCCAUCAGCAACAGCAAAUGUAUCGCACAAGAUUCUCCUAAUUCACAAAAACUAACACAAAUAUCAAUUAUAGGUACAUACUACGCGUAUAACCACAUGUCAUGACCAUUUAAACGACGCUAUAUGCAUAAGAUAUACUGUACUGUACGGCCUCCACCCAUUAUCACGCAUCACACAUCAAUCUAUCGAACCGUUUAAGCUAGAGCCUUUUCAUUUCAUACGGACACAAGAUAUCGUUUAUGAUACG